GCUGCGGUGCUCUGUGCUGGUAGCUGCAGGGAGACAGGGACUGCGGAUGCAGGACAGGACACUAACUUUAGCCCAAACUAUAUCCCGGUUGGUGCUGGUCGAUUCUUGGGACAUCUACAUACCGCUGGCAGAACACGUAGCUUGGUGCAGGCUGCAAUCCAGAUCCUGGACGCUCCUCCAGGAGCUGUAGUGGCACUCCAUAUUUCAGUAUUGACUUAGGAAUCCUAAAACCAAAAUGUUAGAAGGAAAACAAAGCAUGGCUCAACACAUUGUGUUUCUCUGGAUAGUUUUGGUCAUGUAUCUUCAGAAUUCUGUACUAGCUGAAGAUGGGGAAAUAAGAUCAAGUUGCCGUACUGCUCCAACAGAUUUAGUUUUCAUCUUGGAUGGCUCUUACAGUGUUGGCCCAGAAAACUUCGAAAUAGUAAAAAAGUGGCUUGUCAAUAUCACAAAAAACUUUGACAUUGGACCAAAGUUUAUUCAAGUGGGAGUGGUCCAAUACAGUGACUACCCUAUACUGGAGAUUCCUCUUGGCAGCCACAAUUCAGGAGACAAUUUGGUGGCAGCAAUGGAGUCUAUACAAUACUUAGGAGGAAACACAAGAACUGGGAAGGCCAUCCAGUUUGCACUUGACUACCUUUUUGCCAAGUCUUCCAGAUUUCUGACUAAGAUAGCAGUAGUACUUACAGAUGGUAAAUCCCAAGAUGAAGUGAAGGAUGCAGCAGAAGCAGCGAGAGAUAGUAAAAUAACAUUAUUUGCUAUUGGUGUUGGUUCAGAAACAGAAGAUGCAGAACUUAGAGCCAUUGCCAACAAGCCUUCAUCUACCUAUGUGUUUUAUGUGGAAGACUAUAUUGCAAUAUCCAAAAUAAGGGAAGUGAUGAAGCAGAAACUUUGUGAAGAAUCUGUCUGUCCAACACGGAUACCAGUCGCAGCUCGUGAUGAAAAGGGUUUCGAUAUUCUUUUAGGCUUGGGUAUAAAGAAAAAGGUUAAGAAAAGAAUUCAGCUUUCACCAACAAAGAUAAAAGGAUAUGAAGUAACAUCAAAAGUUGAUUUAUCAGAAUUCACAAGCAAUGUUUUCCCAGAAGGUCUUCCUCCAUCAUAUGUAUUUGUCUCUACUCAGAGAUUUAAAGUAAAAAAAAUAUGGGACCUAUGGAGAAUUUUAACCAUUGAUGGAAGGCCACAAAUAGCAGUUACCUUAAAUGGUGUGGACAAAACCUUACUAUUUACAACAACCAGUAUUAUUAAUGGCUCACAGGUGGUCGCUUUUGCCAAUCCUCAAGUUAAGUUUGAUGUCCAGAAGUUGCGAAUCUACUGUGACCCAGAACAGAACAACCGGGAGACAGCGUGUGAGAUACCUGGAUUUAAUGGUGAGUGCCUCAAUGGUCCCAGUGAUGUAGGUUCAACUUUAGCUCCCUGUGUUUGUCCUCCAGGAAAACCAGGAUUACAAGGUCCAAAGGGUGACCGUGGACAGCCUGGGAAUCCGGGUUAUCCUGGACAGCCUGGUCAAGAUGGUAAGCCUGGAUAUCAGGGAAGCUCAGGAUCACCAGGAGUUCCAGGAUCCCCUGGAAUACAGGGAGCUCAAGGACUACCAGGUUACAAAGGAGAACCAGGGAGAGAUGGUGAAAAGGGUGACCGUGGACUUCCUGGUUUUCCUGGACUUCAUGGAAUGCCAGGAUCAAAGGGUGAAGUUGGUUUUAAGGGAGAUAAAGGAUUACCUGGAUUCUAUGGCAAAAAGGGUGCAAAAGGUGAAAAGGGGAAUGCUGGAUUUCCUGGUCUUCCUGGACGUACUGGAGAACCUGGAAGACAUGGAAAGGAUGGAUUGAUGGGUAGUCCUGGUUACAAGGGAGAAGUAGGACCUCCAGGGUCUCCAGGGCAGGAUGGACUACGGGGAGAGCCUGGGAUGCCGGGGUUUCCUGGGAACCAAGGAUUAAUGGGACAAAAAGGAGAAAUUGGACCUCCAGGACCAAUAGGGAAAAAAGGAGCUCCAGGGACACCUGGUUUGACAGGAAAUAAUGGCUUACCAGGUCAUCCUGGAACACAAGGAUCUAAGGGAAAUAAAGGUGAACCUGGACACCAAGGGAUGCCUGGGGCUCAUGGGCUUAAGGGAGAUAAAGGAGCAGUAGGCCCCCCAGGUGAGCCAGGAUACCUGGGUUUGCCUGGGAUUCAAGGACUAAAGGGAGACAAAGGAAUUCAAGGUGAAAAAGGCAUUCAGGGUCAGAAGGGAGAAAAUGGAAGACAAGGGACUCCAGGGCAACAGGGAAUUCAAGGUCUUCAUGGUUCAAAAGGAGAGAGAGGUGAAAAGGGAGAACCUGGGCUCAGAGGUGCUGUUGGACCAAAAGGAGAUUCUGGGUUGGAUGGUCUGAUGGGACCUGUGGGCCCCCAGGGCCAACCUGGGGAAACAGGUCCUCAGGGCCCCCCUGGAUUAGAUGGGAAGCCUGGAAGAGAAUUUUCAGAGCAGUUUAUCCGACAAGUUUGCACUGAUGUAUUACGGGCCCAGCUACCAGUCUUACUUCAGAGCGGAAGAAUUGAAAAUUGUGAUCGUUGCCGGUCUCAACAAGGUUCCCCUGGUAUUCCUGGGCCACCUGGUCCCAUAGGCCCAGAAGGUCCCCGGGGACUGCCUGGUGCACCAGGAAGAGAUGGUGUUCCUGGAUUAAUGGGUGCUCCUGGACGCCCAGGGGCCAGAGGAUUAAAAGGCCUACCAGGAAGAAAUGGGGCCAAAGGUAACCAAGGGUUUGGGUACCCUGGAGAACAAGGUCCACCUGGUCCCCCAGGUCCAGAAGGCCCUCCUGGAAUAAGCAAAGAAGGUCCCCGAGGAGACCCAGGUCUCCCUGGUAAAGAUGGAAAUCAUGGGAAGCCUGGGAUCCAAGGACAACCAGGCUCUCCUGGCAUCUGUGAUCCUUCACUAUGUUUUAGUGUAAUUGUUGGAAGAGAUCCGUUUAGAAAAGGACCAAACUAUUAAGAGUCUGAUGCCUCAUUCAGCAACCUAGGCAUGGUGCUUUUCUUUUGUGGUUUUUUGUAUCUCAGGAAGAUAACCAACAGUCAUCCCUUGAAAAGAAACUAAAGUACCUCGGAGUUUUUAUUAUUUUUUUCUGUAAGGAAAAAAUACAUAAAAGGUCAUCGAUACUGAUUUUAAAGACUUCUUAGUGAUUUGGAGCCUUUAGAUUAGUAGCAUUAACUAAGUCUCAAGGGUUUCUUAGGAAUUCAUUUAUUUUAAACAAAACUGAUUAGCAGAAGAAGAAAAAAAAUCACCAUUGCCUAUAAACCAGUCGAUUUUAGUCACUGUGAAGUAUUUCACAUUCAUCUUCCAUGCAGUAGACUAUCUAAGUUCAAGUUCAUGUCUAUGUGAAUUUCAUGUUUCAUAUUUCAUGCUUCUACAUUAACCAAGACAUAUAUAUGGUCAUUGGAAAUAAGAUUAGAGAUGAUACUCAGCUGUGAGAGAUCAUCUUGCCCUACCAGUCAUUCACGUUUGUAUCUGUACUUACUGGGUGGGGUAAUAGGAUGUUGAAAGUUUUGAAUAUCACCUCUGAAUAAGAUUGUAUCUCAUUUCCUUUGAAAAUUCACAAUUUUGACUAGUGAUUUUGCCAAGAUAGAAUAUGGAUUACAUUGGGAAUGAUAACAUUAAAAACAUAUUAGAAACAUCUCAUUAUUGCCAGUCAAUAUGUUUAAAGAGAAUACAAGUUUAGAAAUACUAAAAGAUGUUUUCCCAUACUUGCUGACUAGUUGGAAUAUUUGUUAUAUGCCUUCAUUUUCGAUUUCACAUAUAUGCAUAUGUUCAUAUAUGUUGCCUUUCAUUGUAGUGAAGUUAAUAGGAACAAAUACUCUAGUUGAAAGGAAAGAUAACCCCACAGAUCCUGGUAUGUCCUGAUAUUUUUAGCAUUUUUUGAAAUUUUCUGAACAUUCCUUGUGUACUGUACCUAAUGCUUUUAUAAAGAACAUAGUUUGAGAUAUCUCACUCUUAUGCUCUAAAAUUUUGUUACAUGCUUAACAUUCAAAGUACAAUAAAGUGUUGUACAGUUUAA